AUGUUGUUCCAUAAUUCCCAGAAGGAGUUGACCUGGAGGUUGUCUUGGAGUACUGCGUUUGGACAAGAAGUUGCAGGAUGUGGAAAUUGUUUUCAGCUCAAUACUGGAACCAUUAUUGGAAUUGUGAUCUGUGACGCCAUCAUAACCCUAGUGAUUGCAGGCAUGGCAUUUUGGAUAUCCACCAAGAUUCAAAAAAAGAAAUACCAGGAGAGACUGAGAAAACUGAAGACCCUUUCUCCAGUGAAUGAAUCCCCAUAUGAGGAGCUGCAUGGACAAAGGGUGGACGUUUACAAUGAUCUAAAUUCAUUUCGCACUUGACUUUUGGACUCUUUUAAUGACCUAUUGAAACCUUCUCUGCUUAGAGACUAUUUCUUGGCACCUCUAUCACUUGCAUAGAAGAUCUCCCUUCAAAAUUUUAGACCUUGACAAUAUUCUUCUCAUUGAUACCAAAAAAUGAUCAAGAGGUGUGAGAAACUAGAUGGUUCCAGCUCUCUCUAUAUGUAGCAUUAAUACUUCUGCUUUAUUCUCCGUCUUAGGUUAUUAUGAAGAAAGUUCUAUCAGUAAGGCAAGCCAAGACCUAUAAUAUCUUCUUCUUUAUAUAAUUUACCAUGGUUAUUGGGCCUUGAGGACAUAUGUUCAUCAUUACUGUAAUUUAGACUAAAUGAGAGUUUUUUUUUUUGUUGUCAGAGGUGUAACUUGGUGCACUUAGACCAUAAUGGAAAAUUCAUAGCAGGCCACCUACCUACCGUGUGCAGUUUAUAAUACUUUUUAUGCGGCAGAGGGGCUUUUGGUUCCUUUAGGUUCCAGGGGGUAUGUGUAAUUGCUAUUCCUGCCCCCUAUAGCUACUGACCUUCUAAAAUGUCACUGGCCCUGGAAUCACUUGGACAGAAUGUUAUCUCAUGGUAUAUCAACCUAAGCAGAACGCAGUCGUAUAUUAGAUAGUAUGUGCAAUACAUGUAGUGAAGGAAUUCCUAACAUAGAUGGUGAUGGUGAAGUAUAGAGAAUUAGGGAUCCAUUUAGAUUCAUUGAUAUUGAGAGGCUCACACUAUAUCGUGAUGGACACAGAGGGUUCACUAUCUACUGGGUCACCCAGUCCCAGUAUACAGGGGGUUAAAAAUCAAGGAAAAUAUAGUAGGCACUCCUCUUACUGGUUUUGCAUGAAACUUAAAUUAAGUUUCAUGUUAAAUCAUUAAGUUUUAUGCAAAACCAGUAAGAGGAGUGCCUACUAUGUUUUCCUUGAUUAGAGACUUAUUUAUAGAUGUUCUAGACACAUCUCCUCUCUUACUCAUCUCACAACCAAAACCACUUGUUCACCUCUUCCCUCAAGUCUCAAGACAGCUGCUUUCUCUAAAGGGCUUGUGUGAGAUGAUUAAAGGUUUCAAAGAAGCCCCAGAGUGCUAUAAAAUAAAUAAUAUGGGUAUACUCACCACUUUCUGCAAUGCCAGUCUCUGCAUCGCCAGAGCGGUCCUUCUGCCACCGCAUGUUUAAAACUGCAGCGUGCUGGUAUACGGCACAUGAUGACCACAGCCAAUUACUUUCUUCAAUGGCAGAUCUCUAAGGGCAGUGAUUGGCUGCAGUGCUUACAUGUCAUCAACGCUGUGCUAUGUAAACUUGUAACGUCAGGAGGACAAGAUUGGCAAAACAGAGAAUGUUCAGAUGACCAUACCCCCAUUCUUUAUUUUACAGCAUUUGGGCUUUUGUCUGAAAUUUUCUAACUAUUUCCAACGACCCCUUUAAGUGUCUACAUCGGUAACCAAUAGAACACACCUUUAGACCUUACAGUAAUAUGUACAGUUCCAACCUGUCUCCUUUGUAAUAUCCUGAUUCUGUCUUUUACCAUGACUUUAUACAAAACCAUCAUCUCUUCUCCUCUCUGCACCUCUUCGUCUCCCCUGUUCCCCAUGCUUUUGCUAUCCUCCCUCUCAAUUCUCUUGACUUUUCCUCUAUUUUCCUCAUCUUUUCUCCUUUUCCUCUCUGUUCUUAUAUUCUCCUUUCAUCUUCUCUCCUGUUUCUCACCUCCCCUAUCUCCUUUCCUCCUCUUCUCUUUUUUUUAUCUUCUCUCCUCUCUUCUAUAGUCUUUCCACUCUUCUCUUUUCUCCUGUUUCUCACCUCUCCUCUCUCUUUUCCUUCUCCUCCUUUCCUCUUCUUUUAUCUUCUUUCCUCUCUUUUCUC